AUGUCAAAUCUACGUCAUUUAAUGAAUUAUGAUGAUGAUUCAAAUAGUAAUAAUAAUACCACCACCAAUCAAUAUCAAUCAAAUCAUCAACAAACACAUAUACAACCUAAAUCAAACCAUUUAAGUAUCAACAAUCUAAUCAAUUCAUCAAAUACAACUGAUUCAUAUAGUUUAUCAUCUAAUAAUAAUAAUAUUUACUCGAAACCGGAGCUACCAAAUUACGAUCAUGAUAAUAAUAAUAAUACCAAACUAAAGUAUAAUCAAGAAUAUCAAAAUGAUGAGACAACUCAAGAAGAAUUAGAACCUCAAGAAGAACAAGAUAGAUCUUCACAAAUUAAUGAAAAUAUAGCAUCAUCAUCAGCAUCGCAACAACCAAACACCUCGACAAAUUCAAGUGUAAGUCAAGAUCAAUUAUUACAAUCAUUUGAAAAAAUAAAAACUCAUUUUCCAGCAGCAAGAAUUAAAAAAAUAAUGCAAAGUGAUGAAGAAAUUGGAAAAGUUGCACAAGCUACUCCAAUUGUAGUUGGUAGAGCAUUAGAAAUAUUUAUGGCAAAUUUAGUUGAAUCUUCAAUAAUUCAAGCUAAAUUACAAGGUGUUAAAAGAAUUACUGCUCAACAUAUAAAAUUAGCUGUUGAAAAAAAUGAACAAUUUGAUUUUUUAGUUGAAAUUGUUGAGAAAUAUCCUUCAGUAAAUUCAUAA